GAGAGAGAGAAUGAGCGAAUGGGAAAAAGUUAGAUGACUGUAUAUGCUAGACUGACAUUCAGACUUAGGUUGUACGAAAGUAGUAAUACACAGUAAACGUAAAACGAUACGUCACCUAACACACACGCACGCGCGUAGAGAUUUGGUAGCGUGUGUCGUGUGAUGCGCACCCGGGAGUAGAGGGUCGUAUAUUUCGCGUGCAAUAUCGUCCAAAAGGAGUGGUCCGUUACAUAUUUUUUUCCCUCGUCGACGAAAGGAAGAGCUGCGUGUCGUUAUUAAGAAAAAAAGUUGAAAAAUACCUUUUGCUUCGAGUGCCGACGUGUAAUACACAUACGUAUACGUUGCUUUUUGUACAUUCGGUUGUAACAGCUCGCGAGGCCGCGAGCUGGUUGUUGCAAACGUUACGUACAAGACGAGAGGAGACAUGUCAUCGUCCAACGAUUUCGGCAAUCCCCUCAAAAAGUACAAGCUCGUAUUUCUUGGCGAGCAGAGUGUGGGUAAAACAUCGCUAAUUACGCGAUUUAUGUACGACAGCUUCGACAACACUUACCAGGCGACAAUAGGUAUAGAUUUUUUAAGUAAGACAAUGUAUUUAGAAGAUAGAACUGUGAGACUGCAGCUCUGGGAUACAGCAGGACAGGAGCGUUUUCGUUCACUUAUUCCCAGCUAUAUAAGGGAUUCGAGUGUCGCCGUUGUAGUGUAUGACAUUACUAAUGCAAAUUCUUUUCAACAAACAUCAAAAUGGAUAGAUGAUGUACGGACAGAAAGAGGUAGCGACGUCAUCAUUAUGCUUGUUGGCAAUAAAACAGAUCUUAGUGAGAAACGUCAGGUUUCAACUGAAGAAGGAGAACGGAAAGCUGAAGAAUUGAAUGUCAUGUUCACUGAAACUAGUGCUAAGGCUGGCUACAAUGUUAAGCAGUUAUUUAGAAGAAUAGGUGAUGCUUUACCCGGUAUGGAUUCUACCGAGAAUAAACCUCCAGAAGACAUGCAAGAAGUAGUACUGAAGGAUACACCGAUUGAACUCAAUUCCUCGGAAAGCAGUUGUGCAUGUUAGAUUGACACUGGCUGUUUACAUUUAAAAGAGUGAGACUCGACCAAAAAAAUUAAAUCGACAAACUUGAGAAAAAAAAAAUGUUAACAACUAAUUGAAGAAAUGAAUGCACCGAUUGUCCAAAAAUUCAAUUUAAACAUUUGAUUGAAUAAUCAAUCAAUUCAUUAGUGUUUCUUAAAUCGAGAGACGAAUCGUAAAAAUCCAUUUGUGCUCAUUUUGCACAUAUUAUCACUUAUCGAUAAGCCAUUAGAAGCAUAUAAUUUUCAUCUGUGAUUGAUUGAUUAUGAAAAUUUUUGAUGAUUAAAAUGGGCACGAAUACGCGACGCACCUCUAGCAAUAAAACAGGCAGUUGCAUUUACUAUUAAUACCGUUCAUUUUUUGUGUAGUCUGAUCAGGAUUAUACACUAAAUUUUUGUCAAUAGAGUAAUCGAUGUUGCUAAUAUGAGUUUCUCGGGUUAACAUAGAUAAUUUUUUUUUUCUUUUUUUUU